GCAUCGUUAAAUAACAAUGGAUUUUCAGCAAAUGUCUGUUUCUGUUCUAGAAUUUCCAUUUUUAUGCAGGCAGUCGAAUUAUAUUGAUGGGUCUUUGCAUACCUUUUAAAGAAUGAAAAUUGGGUGUCUCAGAGUAAUAAUUUUACAUCAGAAAAUAAUAUCUUACCCCUGAUGGCUGCAACCACAGGACCUAUUUUUGAAAAUCAUCCACCUUUAUCAUUUUAUAACCAACCUGGUAAUUUGCUAGCAAAGUUGGAGUAGACUGUCAGGACUACUGUGUUCCUGAGUAGCAUUACCAAUCAUGAGUCCUUGAAACUGUGAAAUACUAUAGUUUAGCCAACGCAUUACUCAGAGGCAACUAAUUAAGUUCAAGGAGCUUCUGGGAGUUCAUUACAUCAUUAGACAAAGUCUCUCAAAUCCAGAAGGAAUAGCCAGUCCCAGUUCUGAUAAAUUGCUACCGUAAUCCUCCCAGAAUUCUGCUGGGAGCUGGGAUUCGCAGCUGUCAUCUGCCCUAAGGAGUCCUUCCUGAUCUCUUUUCCAGAAGAGGCUGACCUUCCCGAGAGGUCCUAGAAACCAGAUGAGGGAUCUUUCUCUUUGCCUUGCUGUUACUUGCUUCCCGCUUCAGCAAAACCAAAACACGCCAUCAGUAAGAGCAUCUGUUCACAGUGGGCCAGUCUGGCCGCCUCUUGUCCUCGUGGCUCAUCUUGGCUGUCAGGAAGAUGGUAGUUUAUUCAGGAACCUCCCCAGCUCCCGCUCCUUUUACGGUCUUCUUGGGACAUGUUAUCACAGGGGUAGCAUGGGGAUUUGGUCCUGGACAGAAUUCAUCGCCCACAAGCCUUAGGCAAAUAAAUCAGCUUUUGUUUCUUCAAAAGUAGAAGACAAGAUUAAUAUCUGCCUUACAAAGAUGUCAAGAUUAAUACGUCAAGGAAUAGAAAGAAUCUUGAGCAAGGGCCUGAAACCUAGUAGGUUCUCAAUAGUCAUGAUCAUCAGGACUUCAGUGGUUAAAGUUCUGUGCAUCCAAAGCAGGGGGCAUGGGUUUGAUCCCUGGUUGGGGAACUAAGCUCCUACAUGCACACAACACAACCUAAAAAAUAAAAUUAAAUUCAAAAUAAUAAUGAUUACUAUCACUGCAUAUCAGAAACUCAGGGGAUUUAGAUUAUUCAUAGUUUCCUCAAUCAGAAAUGUGAUCUGGUUCUGAGUUUGAGGCCAGAAGAGUCACAAAUUGUGCCACAGGAGUUGAGAAACAAGAUCAAAUAAAAUUAUGAGCCUCAAUUGAUUUUUCCAAAAGCAUUUGGAAUUUCAUCUUUAAAAAAAAAAAAAUGCUCUUUCUUUUCUUCCUGUUGUCCUGUUACCUCUUCCAUGCCCCUGAACUUCCAGGCAAUCCAUGGAAUGUUUUCAUUAUUACUAUUUCAAAACUUUGUUUUGUUAAAAAUGAAUUUAUGUUAAUUAUUCUACCACACAGCAUGUUUUCAAUUAUACGCUGAACCCUAGUCUGUGCUUAAAACCUACUGUGAUCUUUGUAAACUAAUAAACAACCCCUCCACCCACCCCCAAAAACUGCGGUUUCAAAUUUCAGUGAUCAUUCCCAGGUUCCAUCACUGGUCACUGUGAACUUUUUUCACAACUCUCUGGAAAUGUUAAGUUCCUGCUGUUCUGUUAAGGUUGUGUUCUUUAUAGAAAAGCUGCAGCUGCGGUCAGAGAAGUGGAGGAAGAUCAGAUAGCGGGGCUUGGAGCUGUUAUCUGGAGCGCAGGCUUUCCUAUUUCGAACCGGUUGAUUAUCUCCAGGCCCUAACGUGCCAAAUUCAAGUAGUGAAGCCGAUUUCAGCUCCUCGAGCAGCACCGGCAGCAUCUCGGCUCCUGAGGUCCCCAUGUCUGCCGCUGGGAGCAAGCGGUCCUCUUUCUCACGCAAUCGAGGUCCCCACGGGCGGAGCAAUGGAGCUUCGUCCUACAAGUCUGCCAACAGCCCACCCUCCCCACGGGAGAAGGACCUUCUGGCCAUGCUCUGCAGGAACCAGUUGAGUCCCGUUAACAUCCACCCCAGUUAUGCGCCUUCUUCCCCGAGCAGCAGCAACUCCGGCUCCUACAAAGGAAGUGACUGUAGCCCUGUCAUGAGGCGGUCUGGAAGGUACAUGUCCUGUGGUGAAAAUCAUGGUGUCAAACCCCCAAAUCCAGAGCAGUACUUGACCCCUCUGCAGCAGAAAGAGGUUACGGUGAGACACCUGAAGACCAAGCUCAAGGAGUCUGAGCGCCGACUGCAUGAGAGGGAGAGUGAGAUCGUGGAGCUGAAGUCCCAGCUGGCCCGAAUGCGCGAGGACUGGAUUGAGGAAGAGUGCCACCGGGUGGAGGCCCAGCUGGCCCUCAAGGAGGCCCGGAAGGAGAUCAAGCAACUCAAACAGGUCAUCGAAACGAUGCGGAGCAGCCUGGCCGAUAAAGACAAAGGCAUUCAGAAAUAUUUUGUGGACAUCAACAUUCAGAACAAGAAGCUGGAGUCACUCCUCCAGAGCAUGGAGAUGGCGCACAGCGGCUCGCUGAGGGACGAGCUAUGCCUCGACUUCCCCUGUGAGUCCCCGGAGAAGGGCUUGGUCCUCGGCGCGGCCUUGGGGCCGACGGAGGAUGCUCUGUCCCCGGAGGAGCCGGCCACGGAAGAAGGGGCCGACAGCGAGCUGCUGGGGGCAGACGGCGCGGCCCCCGGCGAGGAUGUGUUGGAGGAGCUGGUGACAGGCGCCAUCCCUGAGCCAGAGCUACCCGGCGCCGAGGUCGUGGCGCUGGGCGGCGAGGCGGCGGCGGUGGGCCGCGGAGGGCGCCGCGCGGUGGCGGAGCGGGCGGUGCAGACCGACGUGGUGCCCUACAGCCCGGCCUUCUCCGAGCUCCUCCGGCACGUGCUCCGGCUGCAGGACCCCUGGCCCUCCUCCAGCGCCGCGACCCCCGACGAGGAGUCCGGGGACGACUCGACCGAAAGCUUCCCAGAGCCCAUCUCCACCUUCGUGGUCGAUUUAACUCCCCGGAAUCCAAACUCGGCCAUCCUUUUGUCUCCCGUGGAGACCCCGUCCCCCGCGGCGGGUCCCGAGGCGCGUGGGAACCGCCUCAUGAGAGAGCUGGAUUUUGCGGGCUCGGAGGCGGCGGCGGCGGAGGAGGAGGAGAUGAGGCUGGACGGCCCGGGCCCACUGGCCCGCGCAGGGGGCAUCGCCGGGCGCUACUGGAGCCGCAGCUUCCUGGUGGAUCUGCUGGCCGUGGGGGCCCCCGUGGUCCCCACCGUGCUGUGGGCGUUCAGUACUCAGAGGGGGGGCACGGAUCCCCUGUACAACAUCGGGGCCCUGCUACGGGGCUGCUGCGUGGUGGCCCUGCACUCGCUCCGCCGCACCACCGAGCACAUCAAAACCUAAAGAGACGAUGUAGCUUCGGUGGGGUGGGCCCGCCUGCCCCCACCCCAUGCGGCACGGUUCCCGUUGGAGAAUCCGCGGGGUCGACCGGUGGCGGGCCUGGUUCUGUCGUUCUUUGCUCCUCGGUAUUUGAUUUGCACUAUAUUUAGUUGAAAGCCUGUUCCCUGUUGAAAACCGGAGGUAUCUUCAAAGGCAUGGAGACCUGGUUCCAGUCAAUGUCCCACCGGUGUGAUAGAGAAAGCAUGUUCGUGACCCUGCCCUUGUCGUCCAAGGUACCCCUGCUUAUUAUCCUAGUGGUUCAGGAAGAGAAAAUGCAGAGUUUGCACUUUCAAGACAGCUUCUGUAAGGCUGGCAUGUUAUCUCCUUGCUUUGCUUUGUCCCGUUUUUCAAAAAUGUGUAAUUGUUAACAGCAUUCCAAUGGUCUUGUGCAUAGCAGGGGACUGUAACCAAAAAUAAAAAUGUAUUUGUGUAAUGGGUUGGAAGAAGUCUUGAAUAGCUCUUUAGUGUCUUAAUUGGGGUUGAUAAGGUUUGAGUGUUUGCAGUUUUUUUUAAACUAAAUGUAGCUCCAGAGUCUGAAAUGGCUUGUGUGUUCCUAAACCUGGUAAUUGAUGAAACUGUAUGUAAGGUUUACAUUGUAUUAACUUAUUUUUUGCUUAUUAAAUAUAGUGUUUUGUUGAAAAUUGUUUGUAACCACACACUUCAGCAUGAUGAAAAUAAAGAUUAGUGUUUCCAUUGAAAUAAAUGUUCUAUACUCCUAUAAAAUAACUAUCUCUGUGAUUUUACUUCUGCAUAUGAUAAGAAAGACUAUAUGGAUGGCACACCCUUCCAUCUGUAACAGUAGGAACUGUAAAAAUGGAAUUAAAUGAUAAAGAGGGAAAAAUAGGUGUUCAAUAAAGGCAAGAACUUCUCACUCUA